CGCAUCGUUCGACGUCAGGUGAUGUGACGUGAUUCACCUGGCAGCCAUUUUGCAUCGGGCCGACGACAAAAUGGCGGUGCUGCUGGAGACGACGCUCGGCGAUCUUGUGGUGGAUUUGUACACGGAGGAGCGGCCUCGGGCCUGUUUGAAUUUUCUGAAGCUUUGUAAAAUCAAGUAUUAUAACUACUGUCUCAUCCACAAUGUUCAGAGAGACUUCAUUAUACAGACUGGUGACCCAACUGGAAGUGGUCGUGGAGGCGAAUCUAUUUUUUGCAAACUUUAUGGAGAUCAGGCCAGAUAUUUUGAGGCAGAAAAGAUGCCCCGAAUAAAACACAAGAAAAAGGGGACAGUAUCCAUGGUGAAUAAUGGCAAUGAUCAGCAUGGUUCUCAGUUCUUGAUUACUGUGGGAGAAAACUUGGAUUACCUCAAUGGUGUACAUACGGUGUUUGGUGAGGUGACUGAAGGCAUGGACGUUCUAAUGAAGAUCAAUGAAGCAUUUGUCGACAAGGAUUUCUGUCCAUAUCAAGAUAUUAGGAUAACCCAUACAGUAAUACUUGAAGAUCCAUUUGAUGACCCUCAAGAUUUGCAAAUUCCAGAUCGUUCACCAGAGCCUACCAAAGAACAGCUUGAUAGUGGCAGAAUAGGCGCUGACGAAGAAAUAGAUGAUAGCAAAGGAAAAACUGCAGAGGAAAUUGAAGAAGUAUUGGCAGAGAAAGAAGCAAGUACACGGGCCAUUCUGCUGGAAAUGGUUGGAGAUUUACCAGAUGCAGAAAUAAAGCCCCCGGAAAAUGUGCUGUUUGUUUGUAAACUCAAUCCAGUUACCACAGAUGAAGACUUGGAAAUCAUUUUUUCAAGAUUUGGACCAAUCAGAAGCUGUGAGAUCAUUCGAGACUGGAAAACUGGAGAAUCUCUCUGCUAUGCCUUCAUUGAGUUUGAGAAGCAAGAAGACUGUGAAAAAGCUUAUUUUAAGAUGGAUAAUGUGCUGAUAGAUGACAGAAGAAUCCAUGUGGACUUCAGCCAAUCUGUAGCUAAGGUUCAGUGGAAGGGGAAAGGUGGAAAGUAUACCAAGGAAGAUUUUAAGGAGUAUGAGAAGGAUCUUGGCAAAUCUUCCAAUGUUGCCCUGAAGGAUAAAGUACAACCUAAGCAGGACUCCAAAUAUGAACUGUUGCUGGAUGAGGCUGAGGUCAGUAGAAGUCACCGACAUAGCAAGAAACACCACAAGGAUAAACGGCAUCGUCGUCAUUCAGAAGAAGGAGGUGACAAGCGGAAGGCAGCAAAACACAAGGCAGCUGCUGAGAGAGAGCCCCAGCAGCACAAAAGCACAGACUCCAUCAAUGAAUACAGCAGGGAGAAAAAGAGGGAUCAAAAGAAGCGCGAUCAUUAUAGGAGCCGAAGCAGCAGUGGGUCUGAAGAGAGAGACUACCACAAACAUAGCAGGAGUAAGAAGUCCAAAUACCGGGAAGAAGCAGAAGAAAGAAGGAGCAGAAGUCCUAAAAGAUCUAAGAAAAUGUCAUGAAAAUAGCCAAAGAGAGUGGAAUGCAAGUGAAUAACUAUUUCUUGGCAGUCAAUUUUCUUUGUAUUUCUUAAAAUGUAAAUAAAACAUGCAGGUAUGGUGUUUUCAUUUUUAAUAAUUUUGUACUUGUUGUUUGAUGCACAUCAGCUAUAAGCUACUGCAUUGGCCAAAUUGCUCAAUCCCUGAUGGUAUAUUUAAUAUCAGAUCAUUGUAAGGCAGAUAUACAACAUUCUGGGAUAGAUUGAACGAGAUGGCAAGAAACCCUUGAAAUAAUUUCAAUCAUAUUUCCUGGAAAGCUAACCUAGAAAGGAAACAUCUUGUUUUCAAAAGCACUUAACCAAAACAAGGAAAACUCAGUGUAAAGUGAUGUUAUGCCAGUAUGCAAAAUGUACAAUAUAAAAUUUGUACGGUAUAUGAUAGGUUCAGUAUAUACUGGGUACUGUAAUUACCAAAAUAUUCAGUGGAUAUACUUGGUAUAUUUUGCAAUGGGUUAUGUAAUUGCUACUAUGUACAGGGGUACAGAAGUCCUUCCAUGCUAGAAUAUUUGAACACUUUUAAUCUGCAGGAUCCCUAACCUCUAUAUAUGUAAGUUCACAUCCACAAUAAUCACAAUAGAACAGAAAUGAGGAGAAAUUUCUUUAGCCAGAGGGUCAUGGAUCUAUGGAAUUCUUUGCCACUUACAGCUGUGGAGGCCCAAUCAUUGGGGGUGUUUAAGGAGGAGAUUGAUAGGUAUCUAAUUAGUCAAGGGAUAUGGGGAAAAGGCUGGGAAUUGGGGCUAGAUAGGAAUAGUUUAGUUUAGCUCAUGGAGCAGACUCAAUGGGCCAAAUGGCCUACUUCUGCUCCUUUGUCUUGUGAUCUUGUGAGAGCAAAAGGGUAUCCACUUCAUACUUCCCUCUAAUUAGACAAUCCAUAACUUUUAUUUAAGCUAGCAACCAAUUUAUUGUAUCCAUUUCUAUGAUUUACUUUAAUCCACAGCUUUCAAGCUGAAUUACCAGCUUUUCAAAUGCAGGUUUGCUAGGUACAUGUUUUGCAAUUGAAUUGGCAUAUUGGUUCUUUGCAGAAGUCGAUGAAGGUGUUUUGCUUGCAUAAACAAUAUCAGGUGCCUACUUUUAUACUUGCAUCAUUGGUGGUGUCUGAUGGACCAGAUGUGCCUUGAUCAAACUAAUUUUAUAGAAAUCAUUUUGCACUGUUAACAUUUUAAAAUUUUCUCUAGCUUUAUAUUAAAUGAUUGGGGAAAUAUAUUUGAAACUAUUUUCAGCCUGAUAACCUUCAAUCUUUGCACAUUAUCAAAUCUGGUCUCUUUUACAUCCUGAUUUUGUUUGGGAUAGUUGUGUUCAGCCUGUCUAGGUCCUAAGCUCAAAUUUCCACCCAAAACUCUAUCUUUAAAAUUUAACCAGGCUUUGGCAAUCUCUCCUACUACCUUAAUGUGGCUAUCGCAAAUUUUAUUUGGUAAAAUUCAUGUUAAGAGCAAUGAAGCAUUUUUAUUUAAUGUUGUAUGAAUGCAUUGUAAUGCUUUGAUUUUGAAUAGCUAAACAAUGAGGAUUUGACAGCAA